CCCCCCGCCCCGGCCCCGGCGGUCCCCCCGCCGCGCGCCCUCGGGCCGACUUCCGCCCGCGCAGCUUCCCCUCCCGGGUUUCGGGAAGUCCCCUCCCUUCCUCUCCGCGGCGCCCCACGCCUCCAGUCCUCCGCUGCAGCCACCCACUGAGCUGCGCCCCAGCUCUGCGCCCUAGGGCUCGGGGACCCCCGGGGCCCCCGCUCUCGGGUUGGGCCACGGCGGCAGAUGCAGUGAGUGAAGGGGGGGCCAUGGCGGAGGAGCGGCCCCCCCGGCUGGUGGAUUACUUCGUGAUAGCUGGGCUUGGGGGCAACGGAGCACCCAUCCCCGAGGAGACGUGGGUUCCCGAGCCCAGUGGGACCCUGCGCCCUCCGCGGCCCGCCGAUCCCAUCACUGACGUGGCGGUCAUCGCCAGGGCCCUGGGCGAGGAGGUGCCCCAGGGCUACACCUGCAUCCAGGCCUCGGCUGGGGGCCACCCCUUGGAACUCAGUGCGGGGCUCCUGGGUGGAACUCAGCCCGUCAUCUGCUACCGCAGGGGCCGUGACAAGCCCCCUCUGGUCGAGCUGGGGGUGCUGUAUGAGGGGAAGGAGCGACCCAAGCCUGGCUUCCAAGUGCUGGAAACGACACCCUACAGCCACUCGGCCAACCUAGCCCCUCCCGGCCCAGGGCACCCCCGCACCUACCUCACUUACCGGCGGGCAGCAGAAGGGGCGGGGCUGCACGCCCUGGGCAUCACUGACCUCUGCCUGGUGCUGCCCAGCAAGGGCGAGGGCACCCCUCACACCUAUUGCCGACUGCCACGCAGCCUCAACCCUGGCAUGUGGGGCCCCGCGGUGCAUCUGUGCUACAAAGUGGGCCUGGCCAAGGCCAACACGCUGGUGUACGAGGCCGAGCUGCUAGGCCGCUACCCCGAGGAGGACAACGAGGCCUUCCCGCUGCCCGAGUCGGUGCCCGUCUUCUGCCUGCCCAUGGGGGCCACUGUCGAGUGCUGGCCUGCCCAGACCAAGUACCCCGUGCCCGUCUUCUCCACCUUCGUGCUCACGGGUGCCGCCGGAGACAAGGUGUACGGGGCCGCCCUGCAGUUCUACGAGGCGUUCCCGAGGGCCAGGCUGUCAGAGCGGCAAGCGCGGGCCCUGGGCCUCUUGAGCGCCGUGGAGCGCGGCCGGGCGCUGGGGGGCCGGGCCGUCCGCAGCCGGCGCGCCAUUGCCGUGCUGUCCCGCUGGCCUGCCUUCCCUGCUUUCCGAGCCUUCCUCACCUUUCUCUACCGCUACUCCGUCUCGGGCCCCCACCGCCUGCCCUUGGAAGCGCACAUCUCUCACUUCAUUCACAACGUCCCCUUCCCCUCCCCGCAGAGGCCUCGCAUCCUGGUGCAGAUGUCUCCCUAUGACAACCUGCUCCUCUGCCAGCCUGUGUCCUCACCCCUGCCCCUCAGUGGCGCCAGCUUCCUGCAGCUGCUGCAGAGCCUGGGCCCAGAGCUGGCCGUCACCCUGCUGCUGGCUGUGCUCACGGAGCACAAGCUGCUGGUGCACUCGCUGCGUCCCGACCUGCUCACCAGCGUGUGUGAGGCCCUGGUGUCGAUGAUCUUCCCGCUGCACUGGCAGUGCCCCUACAUCCCGCUGUGCCCGCUGGUGCUGGCGGACGUGCUGAGCGCCCCUGUGCCCUUCAUCGUGGGCAUCCACUCCAGCUACUUCGACCUGCAUGACCCGCCUGCUGACGUCAUCUGUGUGGAUCUCGACACCAACACGCUGUUUCAGACUGAGGAAAAGAAGCUCCUCUCUCCUCGGACGCUGCCCCGCAGGCCCUACAAGGUUCUGCUGGCUAUGCUGACCAACUUGUACCAGCAGCUGGACCAGACGUACACGGGCCCCGAGGAGGAGGCGUCCUUGGAGUUCCUGCUCACCGACUACGAGGCCGUGUGCGGCCGCCGGGCCCGGCUGGAGCGCGAAGUCCAGGGAGCCUUUCUCCGCUUCAUGGCGUGUCUGCUCAAGGGCUACCGGGACUUCCUGCGCCCACUCACCCAGGCGCCCUCUGAGGGGGCUCGGGACGUGGACAACCUCUUCUUCUUGCAGGGCUUCCUCAAGUCCCGGGAGCGCUCCAGCCACAAGCUGUACUGCCAGCUGCUGCGCACGCAGAUGUUCUCGCAGUUCAUCGAGGAGUGCUCCUUCGGCUCCGCCCGGCACGCUGCCCUCGAGUUCUUUGACUCGUGCGUGGACAAGGUGCACCCGGAGCAGGAGAAGCCUGAGCCGACGCCCCUGGUGGAGCUGGAGGAGCUGUCGGGGAACGAGCUCACCGUCUUCAUCACCCCGCCCGAGGAGCCUCCCGCGCCGGAGGGCAGUGAAUCCGCCCCCCAGUACUGCUACGACGGCUUCCCGGAGCUCCGGGCCGAGCUGUUUGAGUCUCCUCAGGAGCAGCCCGGGGCUCUGCCCGUGCCCGGCCCGUCCCGCAGUGCCCCCAGCAGCCCUGCCCCCCGCCGUACCAAACAGGAGACGAAGGUGGCCCAGCGGAUGGCGCAGAAGUCGGCGGCCGUGCCCGAGCUGUGGGCGCGGUGUCUGCUGGGGCACUGCUACGGGCUCUGGUUCCUGUGUCUGCCGGCCUUCGUGCGCGCCGCGCCCUCCCGCGUACAGGCUCUGCACACGGCCUACCACGUGCUGCGCCAGAUGGAGAGCCGCAAGGUGGUGCUGCCCGACGAGGUGUGUUACCGGGUGCUGAUGCAGCUCUGCUCCCACUACGGGCAGCCCGUGCUGUCUGUGCGGGUCAUGCUGGAGAUGAGGCGUGCGGGCAUCGUGCCCAACACCAUCACCUACGGCUAUUACAACAAGGCCGUGCUGGAAAGCAAGUGGCUGGCUGGGACCCCCGGCGGACGUCUGCGCUGGGCCAAGCUCCGGAAUGUCGUCCUGGGGGCCGCUCAGUUCCGCCAGCCCCUGAGGGAACGGCGACGACGGCAGCAGCAGGCAGCGGCAGCAGAGGCAGGCGGUGCCCAGACAGAGCCCCGUCGGGAGCGUCACUCUCCUACCCGUCCGCUUCAGCGCCAGACCACUUGGGCUGGUCGAAGCUUUCGAGACUCAGCUUCACCCACAGGGCGCCUGGUGAAAAGUGGCAGCCUGGGCAGUGCCCGUGGGGCCCAGCCCACCGUGGAGGCUGGUGUGGCCCACAUGAUCGAGGCCUUGGGGGUCCUGGAGCCCCGGGGAUCCCCUGUGCCCUGGCGAGACGGAAGCCUCUCUGACCUGAGCUUGACCGGAGAGGAGCUGGCACCCGGGGGCAGCCCGGAGGACUCUGGUUCUGCCCUGAGCGCCCAGUCCACAGAGGCCCUGGAAGGGCUGAGUGGGCGGACGCCCAAGGCUGGUGGGCGUCAGGAAGAGGCCAGCACCCCCAGACGAGGGCUGGGCGCCCGCCUGCAACAACUGCUCACCCCUUCCCGCCGCCCCCCUGCCUCGCGUGGUCCCCCACCCGAGCUGCCCCCUGACCCACCUCCCCCAGCGCGUCGCAGCCCCAUGGACAGCCUCCUGCGCCCCCGAGAGCGCCCUGGAUCCACCGCCUCCGAGAGCUCAGCCUCUCUGGGCAGCGAGUGGGAUCUCUCCGAGUCUUCUCUCAGUAGCCUGAGCCUUCGGCGGUCCUCGGAGCGCCUCAGUGACACCGCUGGGUCCUUGCAGCCGCCCUCCCUGGAAAUCCUGUUGUCCAGCUGCUCCCUGUGCCGGGCCUGUGACUCACUGGUGUACGACGAAGAGAUCAUGGCUGGCUGGGCCCCUGACGACUCCAACCUCAACACAGUCUGCCCCUUCUGCGCCUGCCCCUUCGUGCCCCUGCUCAGCGUCCAGACCCUGGAUUCCCGCCCCAGGGCCCCCAGCCCCAAGCCUGCCCCUGCCGGAGCCGGUGGCAGCAGAGACGCUCCUGUCCCGGGGGGCCCAGGCCCCGUGCUCAGUGACCGUAGGCUCUGCCUUGCCCUGGAUGAGCCCCGGCUCUGCAACGGGCACAUGGGGGGCGCCUCCCGGCAGGUGGAGGGUGGGGCCUGGGCGUACCUGAGCCCUCUGGUGCUGCGGAAGGAGCUGGAGUCGCUGGUGGAGAACGAGGGCACUGAGGUGCUGGCAUUGCCUGAGCUGCCCGCUGCCCACCCCAUCAUCUUCUGGAACCUUCUGUGGUAUUUCCAGCGGCUGCGCCUGCCUAGUAUUCUGCCAUGCUUGGUGCUGGCCUCCUGUGACGGGCCCCCGCCCCCCCAGGCCCCGUCUCCCUGGCUGACACCUGACCCGGCGUCUGUGCAGGUGCGGCUGCUGUGGGAUGUCCUGACCCCUGACCCCAGUAGCUGCCCACCUCUCUAUGUGCUCUGGAGGGUCCACAGCCAGAUCCCGCAGCGGGUGGUGUGGCCCGGCCCGGCGCCUGCACCCCUUAGCCUGGACCUGCUAGAGUCGGUGAUGCGCCACGUCGGUCUCAAUGAGGUGCACAAGGCCGUGGGGCUCCUGCUGGAAACCCUGGGGCCCCCUCCCACAGGCCUGCACCUGCAGAGGGGCAUCUACCGUGAGAUCUUAUUCCUGACAAUGGCCGCUCUGGGCAAGGACCACGUGGACAUAGCGGCCUUCGACAAGAAGUACAAGUCUGCCUUUAACAAGCUGGCCAGCAGCAUGGGCAAGGAGGGGCUGAAGCAGCGGCGGGCACAGAUGCCCACUGCGAAGGCCAUCGAUUGCCGGAAAUGUUUUGGAGCACUUCUGGAAUGCUAGGGACCCUUAAGCUUUCCUCUCCCGGCUGGGGGGGGCGGGGGGAGGGAGUUGAGAGAGGAAGGGCUCCAGAGGUGGCCUGCUUCCCUGCCCCUCCCGUACAGGAGCUGGGGACGGGCUGGGAAGCAGGCCCAGCCACAGGCACCGAGUGCAUGGGCAGCAGGAAGAGGGGCCCACUGUUCCCAGAAUUCACAGUGGCCUAUGUGCAGCCGGCCCGGUGCGCUCACACUGAUGUAGGAGGCAGGGGUGCGGCGGGGGAGUUAGCACAGCUCUGUUUCUUCCCCAGACUAUACCCUCCUCCAGGGUACCCACAGAUCUGCGCUGCCCUGGUCUUUUUAUAAGUUUUUGUUUUAAAAAACAACUGGAAAAAUACAGAGCUACUGAGCCUUUGCCCCGAACGGGAGGGAGGGAUGUCAUUCCCCACCGGUGAUGGUCCUUCUUCCCUGGAAUUGCAGAAGUAGCCCGAGGCUCUUCAUUACAGCUUUCUACCUUAGUGUUUGUACUUUAAGUCAUUUAUUGUGGAGCCAUAGCCCCUUUCUUAGGAGGUUCUUAGGGAUGGUGAGAAACAGACGGGACGUGGGGCACAUGGUUCAGUGGUUUGCAGCUCCAGAAAAGGCAGGAGCCAAGAGAGGAGCCCCAAACUCCCCUCAGGAGGGACUGAUGCCCCGUCCAGCCCAGUCCUUCCCGCCCACUCCACCCGCCCAGGGCCUUGACCGUGCAAUAAGGAUUGUUCCUUGCAAAGUUUGUUGGAUGUAAAUAUAGUAAAUGCUGCUUCUGUCUUUUUC